UUUCCCAUUACGUCUUCUCCUGGCUCUCUCUCUCUGUGCCCAGGUAUCCCUUCCAGAAGGAGAGAAAAAAAAACAUUGCUGGAGUAGAUCCACUGCUUCCCAUGGCCCUUUAACAAUUUUUUUUCCCCCUAAACCCCUCUCUUGACCCAUCCCAUUCAUUCAGGGUCCAUAACAAAAACAAAAAUAUUUUGGGGGUAGUUUUUCUGGGUUUUUUUUUUUUUGUUUGUUUUUUUUAAAUAUUUUUUUCCUGGGAACUUGGAUUAUGCUCAGGAGCAAGACGGAGAUGCUAAGCUUCGAUGUGUGUGAAUUUGGUGGGCAGCUCUUGCAACUUAUGUGGCUGACUGUAUGCUACCCAGACAUCAUGGCUGACAAGGACGGGAUCAAGCAUGGCGAGGAGGAGGUGGAAGAAGAAGUGGAACCCAACUACAAGGCCCCGGAGAUGAAAUCUCUGCAGGAAAUCCAAGAGCUGGACAAGGAUGACGAGAGCUUGAUCAAAUACAAGCAGGCGCUGCUGGGCCAACUGCCCGCCCAAGUGGAUCCUAAUGCCCCCAAUGUGCAAGUAACAAGGCUGACUCUCAUCUGUGACGAGGCCCCUGAACCAAUCACAAUGGACCUUACAGGGGAUAUCAGCCAUUUAAAGGAAAAGCUCUUUAUAUUAAAGGAAGGUGUGAGCUACAGGGUUAAAAUAUGUUAUAAGGUGAACAAGGAGAUCGUUUCUGGGCUAAAAUACGUCCAUUCCACUUACAGGAAAGGAGUUAAAGUUGACGCUGAAAGCCACAUGGUCGGGAGCUACGGGCCGCGAGUGGAAGAAUACGAAUUCCUGACCCCGUUGGAGGAGGCUCCCAAAGGCCUGAUAGCCCGGGGCACCUACGGCAUCAAAUCCAAAUUCACGGACGAUGACAAAAGUGACCAUUUGUCGUGGGAGUGGAAACUGGCUAUAAAGAAAGAGUGGAAAGACUAGGGAGACACCCCCCUAAUCCCCCCUUUCCUUAUUUGUUGCUAUUAAUUACAGGCAGAUAUUUCCCCUCCCAUAUUAAACCAUGUACAAGCCAUAGCUUGGUUUCUACAUCUGUUUUCUAAUAGUUACUUAUAGUUUCUAAACGAAUGUAAAGAUGGUAUUUAAUAAAAAAAAAAAACACCUAAAAACCUAUAACUGAAUGUUUGUCGUGGACAGUGAGAAGUUCGUAGCGGUAGCUCAAUCCCUGUGCCGACCCUCCAUGUCGCUGUGUCGAUUCCGAUGAGGCCAUCGCUGGGCGGGAUGUGGGUUUUAAUCGUGAUUGGUCGAGGAUCCUGUAUUUUUUUAUGUUCAACCAAUGUGCAUAUGUGAUGGAAUAUAAAGUUCUGCUGAUAAUGA